AUGAUUCGCAUCCAACGCCUAUGGACGCAGAGGAGUCCUUUUGGCCGUUCCAACGUGGCGCUUCGGUUUUCUGUUUUUCAUCGUGUUGUAUCAAUUGCCAGUAGUUGUUGCUCCCACUCCGGUACAAUUUUUUUAGCGGUGCGAUGCGUGCAGUACGAACAGACUUCCGCUACACUGCGUGGGAUCAACAAGAAGAAGCGUGCUCUUUCAGCCCCGUGGAUUACGAAGAGCACAAAGGAUUACAUGAGCGAGGCAGAUGCGAAGGCGACUGCUGUUAAUCCGAUAAAGGAGAAGCUUUUGCAAAAUUCAAAGGAACGCAAGGAACGGUUUGUGCGUAUUGCAGAGGAGACAGAUCGCGUGUUUGACUCCGAAAUGGACAGGAUGCGGGAUUACAAUGUGCGGCGCUGGCGAAAGGGGAUUAAUUUCUUUAAGGCACAAGGCCUGGGAUUCACGCUGCUUUACAUUUUUGCCUAUCUGGGUUGUCUUGUUGCACUUUACGUGGGCUUUGCAACGGGGAUUCUUAAAAAGGAAACGGCGUAUGAGUUCAUGUUUUUUUUAUUGGGGGGUUACGUGGACAAGGAGUGGUUUUACAUGCGUGUGGAGGCUUGGGGCACAUACGUGGACUUUGGCUUUGCAUUCUUGAUCAAUGAAAUGCUGGAACUAUUUCGUUUCCCGUUUAUGAUUUACACCUUUUACACAUUCCGACCGUACCUGACGGGGGUGAAUAGACGUGUGAAGGCAUCUAUCUUUCGAUGGAAUGCAGCGGAAUCAUGA